UAUUUUCAUGUGGCAUUCUCUUUCCAGAAUUUUCACAAUGUCAGUUCUAGUUAAUCUAGUAAACACUGCAACAAGCUGCUCGACUGUUCUUUGGAGAGGCUUCCAUACCAGUCCUGCUUGUCACCGUCUUCAAAAACUUUCCCGUUUACGUGUGGUCGACAACAGUGAGCUCGGAAAGCAAGCUAUGUUAGAAGGAAAACCCCCUAGAAUUAUCCAGGUUUACAACAAAAAUGGAAUUGGCACUACUGGAGAUAUUGUGCUCUGUGCAAUUAAAGGCUUAAAGAAGAAAGGGGUAAUUGUUGGUGUCAAAGCUCAGCAACCGGUGCUUUUACCAAGGACAGACUCGAACAAUGUAGUUUUAAUUGAGGAUAACGGUACCCCUCUUGGUACUCGUAUUGUUGUACCCGUUCCGAGUUGUCUACGGACAAUACUGAAAAAGAAGACCCAUGCGAAGGGAGCAGAUUACACUAAAGUACUAAGUAUUGCUACUAGGUUUGUGUAGCUUUUGUUCAAUGUUUACUUUUUCUGUAAUAAUAGUGUUAAUAAAUUGUUAUCUUUCAAA